AGCACGCCUUACGCCAUUGUCGGAAAGUUGAAGAGUCAUCGACAGUGAAUUACAACGCCGGUUACAAAUGAAAAAGGCAACUUUACCUACCGCAAUGCCGCCUGCAGAUCCAACAAAGAUAUCAAAGGUGGUUGUCCACCCGCUGGUCCUUCUAAGCGUGGUAGACCACUUUAAUCGGAUGGGGAAAGUUGGAAAUGUGAAACGAGUAGUUGGUGUUCUUCUUGGUUCAAAUAGACAAGGAGUUCUUGACGUUUCAAAUAGUUUUGCAGUGCCAUUUGAUGAAGAUGACAAAGACAAGAGUGUAUGGUUCCUGGAUCACGACUACUUAGAGAGCAUGUAUGGCAUGUUCAAGAAAGUCAAUGCACGAGAGAAGGUUGUUGGAUGGUACCACACUGGCCCAAAACUUCACCAGAAUGAUGUAGCUAUCAAUGAGCUGGUCAGGAGAUACUGUCCAAACUCUGUUCUCGUUGUAAUUGAUGCUAAGCCUAAGGAUCUUGGUCUGCCAACAGAGGCAUAUAUAUCAGUGGAGGAGGUUCAUGAUGAUGGUACUCCAACAUCUAAGACAUUUGAUCAUGUGCCAAGUGAGAUUGGAGCUGAGGAGGCAGAAGAAGUGGGAGUGGAACAUCUACUCAGGGAUAUUAAAGACACAACAGUGGGCUCUCUGUCACAAAGGAUCACGAACCAGCUGAUGGGUCUGAAGGGUUUACAUUCCCACAUCACCGACAUAAACAGUUACCUACAGAAAGUCACAUCACAACAGUUACCAGUAAACCACCAGAUCAUAUACCAGCUUCAGGAUGUGUUCAACCUACUCCCCGACGUCAACCUCCAAGACUUUGUUAAAUCUGUGUAUGUGAAAACCAAUGAUCAGAUGUUGGUCGUGUAUUUGGCCUCCCUUAUUAGAUCGGUGAUCGCCUUACAUAAUCUCAUAGGAAACAAAUUACAAAACCGUGAGGCAGAGAAAAGUGAGGUUAAGGACUUGAGUAAGGAGAAGAAAGAGAAAAAGGAAAAGGAAGAAAAAGAGAAGGACUCUGAUAAGAAAGAUUCUGAUAAGAGUAAGACGGAUGACAAGAAAGACACUAAGAGUAAAAGUGGAAAGUGAAAGUUGUAAACUUAAGUUAAAAAGAGUGAUAUGUCAUAGUGCUAUUUCAUCAUAAAUAGUGCUCUUUUACUAUGAGGAAAGACGCAGUGGAGCUACAUAUUAGCCAGAUACAAUAGACUUCUGUCUACUUAAAAUAUUUGGCAAUAAGCAUUUAAAAUCACUCCUGGUAUGUGACGUGGCCCUGUGUCUUAGAUGUGUUGAAGUCCUACAAAUGGUUGUUGGGAUGAUCUCUUGUUUUCUCAAAAGAGAAGAAGAGAAGCUCUUAUGGAAUAGUACAUCAUUUUAGUUUGAAAUUUGAAAAAAAAAAGAGAAAACUGCUUUACUUGAAUCUUUUUGAAAAAAGUUUCUUAGCCCAAUUCAGAAUUGACACAUAGCUAAAAAGGAAAUGAUUGAUACCUUAAAGAAUUGCAUUCAGCAGGUUUAUAGAAAGGAUGGUUUAUAGAAAGGAUGUUAUCAGUUGAAGAUUACUUGCAGUUUCCAUGUGGUUACAUUGGCCCACACAAUAAACAGCUGCACCAGCACACCAGAUUAUCAUCCAUAUGAUUGUAUUAUAUAUAUUUCUGUUAAUAAUAAACAUCAUUGAAUAAAUAUGACAUUGUACAUUU